AUAAUGUAGAAAAAGAAAGGGGGUGGUGAACAGAUACAAGAUAGGUGCUGUAAAACAUUCUUUGAUCUGACGUUCGUUCUGAGAACGUUAUUCGGGUUUUCUGAAUAUCUUUCAAUGAUGGUGUGGUCGCAGAAAAUGAACACUGUACACUUUUGUGCACGUUAGCCAGGAGCGAGUUGAAAUAGCUUACUUUACUUUAAGAAAAUUUGUUUCUUAGUUAGGUUAUACAGACAUAAAGAAAAUCACGCGAUAACGUAAACUAAAAAAGAAGAUGCUUACGGACGAAGAAUUAUCACCAAAACGUGACCAAGCAAAAUCCCGACGUCAGAGGUUUGCAAAAAGUUUUUCCUCAUUUCCUGAUCGAAGGAAUGACAUUUCUUCAGCAUCAUUUGUCAACGAAAACACUCCAUCUCUUUUUUUGAGAAACCACGUUCAGCGGGAAUCGAUUACAACUUUGACCGCACUAGCCGCACCUAAAGUCAUUGGUGGGGAAAUACGACGCGCGUUCUCUCUGUACGGAUCAAAUCCAACAUCUUCAAGAUCACUAAAAGCAUUGGAAAUGUUCAGUCAUCGUCAAACCGUGGAUGAUGCACCUGAAAUACAGCACCAACACAACGGACAUUUAUUCGUCAAACAAACGUUCAAAAAAGCGACUUUCUGCGAUGUUUGCCAGCGCUUACUACUUGAAUCAUCAGAAGGCCAAUCACCCCCAGAUCCAUCCGUCGGCACAGUAGAUUACCAGAGGCAAGGAUUUAGAUGCAAAAUCUGCAAGCUCAAUAUUCACGAAAAUUGUUCAACAAACAUGGAGAUGUGUACAGGGAAGCCGUUUGGUGUUUUGGGAUUUAAUCGACAUUCAUCUGUCAACCAGGAACUUCCCCGAGACGAUACCUCCGUGGACUCAGUAUAUCAAAUUUUGAAGCAGGGCAAAGUACUCAGAAUGGGAGAAGGUUCGGAUGUGAGUGGUAGAUGUACCCCUGAUUCUCUGAGUCCAAGACCGAGCACCAGUUCCGAAUCGAUUACAAGAGUGAAAUCGCCUGUUGAAAACAGGCUGACAAAAAAAUUAAGUCCAAAAGGUUCACCGUCGUCAAAACGGAAAACAGAAAAGUCUACAUCGGAUGGAUACAAUUACGUCGUCCUCUUCAAAUAUGAACCAAGAGAAAAGGAUGAUUUAGAGCUAAGGGUCGGAGAUAGAAUUCGGGUUAUUAAAGAUAAAGAUGAAACCUGGUGGUUGGGUGAAUGCCUAAAUAAAAUCGGAUAUUUUCCUGCAAAAUUUGUCGGCAGAAUACGACCAAAUGAAGUACCCUAUAUCGCGAAUAAAAUAAUUUAUACCACUGAUUCAUCCGGAAGAGAUAUUACAAUAAAGAGAAAUCAGGUUGUUUUGUUCAACCCAGAAUGGCCAAUGAAAAAAGAAAAUUCUUUAUACUGUCGCGUAGGGGUAAAAGAAAUAUACAUUCCUUCGAAGGACAUUUCACCAUUAUGAUCUAUCGCCAGGCAUAUAGAAGAGACUAAAGGGAUAAGCUGGAAAACAAUGUCUCAUACUUCGCCAGCGCUAUGCAAAACUAACGAAGAGUAUUAGAAACGCAACCUUUGAGAUAUACCAAGAUGAAUUAUAUAUAUCCUUGUAUUAUCAAUGAGUUCCUCAUUCUCCAGAGAUGAAAUGUUGGAGAAAUUCAUUUUUUGUCGAUACAAAUACCAGAUAAUAUUGUUGUUAUCUGUGAUCGAUUACAUCAAACACCAAAUUUGAUCAGUGUACAUUUCGAUGCAUAAGUAUAUCUAAGUAUAUUUUGAUUUUCCCGCAAAUGCAUAUAUAUCUGUUUUUAUACUCAGUUUGCUAACUGGGCGAGAGGUCGUGGUGCGCCAUAUAUUAUACCGUAUUAUCGACUUUCUAUACUGGGUUGUAGGGAUAUAAAUCAAUGGUAACUACAAGUAUGCAUUUUUGAGGUAGACCGAGAUGUUCGGGCAUAGGCCUAUACUGCAGUUACACCCCUUUCCUCGAACUGUUAAUUUCAGCAAUAUUUUCUUCCACAAUUUGACCUGAAUAAAAUAAAGCUAAUUUUAUAUUGUAUUUUUUGCGUCGCUCUCCAAAUAUAUAUAUUAUAUAUAUUCCUUAAUUUAUUCCCACUACUGCAAUAUUAACAUUUUAAGAUAUUAAUGGCUAUAUUAUAGUGUUAAUAUUUUAACGAACGUACAUACCGGUUUAUUUUUAUAUAAAUGAAAUAAUUCGUAUGCUCGUUUUAUUCUGAUUAUGAUUAUAUAAAAGGUUUAAGAAUGCUAACGAAAUGUUGUAUAUAACCUUUUAUUCUGAAAUAUUUAAAAGUUAGUUCAAAUGUGAUUUCAAUUGAAUUUCUUCCCUUUAGUGCACUAUUUAUUUAUUUCAUUUUUAAGGAUGCGAUUUCGUAUAGAUUCUUGAAAAUUUAAAGAAUUGAUUUUUAUAUUUUCAGUGUUAUUUCUACUAAAGUAGACGCCGAAAACGUUGUUUGAUACUAUUGCCAAAGGCUUGUCUAUCAAAAUAUUUUUAUUUGCCUCAAAUUAUGUGAGCCUGCUCAUGUGUUCCAAACUUUCACAUGCUGUAAAAUUAGCUCUCACUCACAUGUAUAUAUAUAAAUAGAAAAUUUAUCGUUUGAGAUUACCAUAUGUUUGCGUAUACUGCCGGAUCCUUACACCUCGAAAAAUGAAUGAAGUAAUAAUAUAACAGCACAGUCUCUAGUCGAAUCAUUUUCUGAGUAAAGUCUCACUGGCGGCCAGUUAAUGACGAGUUCGAGUCAAUGACUGGUGAGGUUUCCUAAUUAGGAAAUUAGUUGAACUGAUCCAUCAGUUUCCAACUUUUUCGUGUUAAAUAUCACUAACAUCAUAUUAUAUGUAAAAUUCUCAAACAUGGAUUUAAUUUACAUUAUUACGUCAGCUGGAUUGAAUUUUAUUGGGUUAAAGAUAAUGGCUUGUUCCCACAAAGGAAUGUAUAAUGUCGACCCAAUAACUGUGACUCAAAAAUUAUCACUUUUUAAACAUACAAUAUCUUAAAACCCCACAAAUGACGGAGCAGGCACUUUUGUUUGUUCAACAGGGUACAUGUAGUUAGAAUAGUGUUUAACUUCUGAUGAUAUGACAGGCUAUACAUAUAGCACGAUAUCAACUUAAUAUGACCAUGAGUUAUACUCUGCAUAAAUCUUCAGACAAUUUGAACUGCUCAUAUGAAUUUAAAUUGCAUUUGACAAGGAGCUCUUCA